GCGGCGCUGGCGCUGGCGGCGGCGGCGCUGGUGGCGCUGGCGGCGGGCAGCGAGUACGACUACGUGAGCUACCAGUCCGACCUGGGCGCCUACCAGAGCGGGCGCUUCUACCCCAAGCCGCACCAGUGCGUGCCCAUCCCCGCCGACCUGCGCCUCUGCCACAGCGUGGGCUACGACAAGAUGGUGCUGCCCAACCUGCUGGACCACGAGACCAUGGCCGAGGUGAAGCACCAGGCCAGCAGCUGGGUGCCGCUGCUCAACAAGAACUGCCACAUGGGCACCCAGGUCUUCCUCUGCGCCCUCUUCGCGCCCGUCUGCCUGGACCGGCCCGUCUACCCCUGCCGCUGGCUCUGCGAGGCCGUGCGCGACGCCUGCGAGCCCGUCAUGCAGUUCUUCGGCUUCUACUGGCCUGACAUGCUCAAGUGCGACCAGUUCCCCCAGGACGACGUCUGCAUUGCCAUGACCACCCCCAACGCCACCGAGGUGGCCAGGCCCAAAGGCUCAGGCGUGUGCCCCCCCUGUGACAAUGAGAUGAAGUCGGAGGCCAUCAUAGAGCACCUCUGCGCCAGUGAAUUCGCUCUGAAGAUGACGAUAAAGGAGGUGAAAAGGGAGAACGGGGAUAGGAAGAUUAUCCCGAAGAAGAGGAAGGCGUUGAAAAUGGGCCCCAUCAGGAAAAAGAACCUGAAGAAGCUCAUCCUCUACCUAAAGAACGGGGCCGGGUGCCCGUGCCACCAGCUGGACAACCUCAACCACUACUUCCUGAUCAUGGGCCGGCAGGUGAAGAGCCAGUACCUGCUGACGGCCAUUUACAAGUGGGAUAAGAAGAACAAGGAGUUCAAGCAGUUCAUGAAGAAGAUGAAAAGCCCCGAUUGUCCCACGUUCCCGUCGGUCUUCAAAUGAGGCGGCAGCCAGAGGGACUCCUGCUGGUGUGGACCUUGCACAGCCCCGGCCCGGGGCUCACACAUCCCCCCUCUAGUAGUGGAUGUUGUCCCCACCCCUGUUUUGUUUCUUUGUCUUUGUUAGAGCUUCCUUUCAAGGUCUGCCCCAGCGUCCGUACCCCCCUGGACACGGGCAUCGACAGUGCGAAACCCCCGCAUGGCACGGUCACCCGCUGUCGACACCUGUGGUGUGGGAUGGCCCCUGUUGCUGUUGUGAGAUGCAAGCCUGUUCAGACGCGGAGCCUGGCAGGGAAAGGAAAAGGGGGGAGGUGAAACUAGAAGGCUAGACCAGAAGGGACCAGUGAAACCAGCCAGUCUGACGUCCCGUGCCACACAGGCCAGGGGGUUGCCCUGAAUUCCCUCCUGUCUGAGCUAGACCGUAGCUGUUAGGAAAACAUCCAGUCUCACUGUAAGGAUCUCCAGCGACGGAGAAUCCUCCACGGCUCUGGAUAAAUUGUCCAAUGCCUCAUUUCCCUCGCUUGGAAAGCCGCACCUUUGUUUCCCUUUGACCCUUGUGCAGCUCCACCUCCAGCCUUUGGAGCUUGUCUGUCCAUCUUCUGGGCGGGGGAGCCCUGCGUGGGCCUAGGGAAAAUCCUAAAUGGCCUAGAACCAGGAACAGCUCCUGCUGGCCUCGCUGCAGGUCCGCUUCUUGCUGAUGCCCUGUUUGCAGGUGCUUUUGAGCCCUGUCCAUUAACCAGUUGUCUGGGUCGCAAAGCCUUGCAGAAGGCAGCGUGCGUUGCAUCAGAGCGAUUGCCUCUACCAAGCAAGCCAGCAGCCUCACACACAUACGUCUCAUUAGUUGGGCAGGGUCCGUUUCCCAGAAUGCCAUAAUGCCUGGCAUGAAUUGUAUUGCCCUCCCUUAAGUCUGUACUAACUCCGUCCCAUAUCAGUUGUUCCUAUUUUAGCCUAGAUCACCCUAUUGAAUCAGCCUAACAUGCACUUGCAAAUCCCUGGCUUCGAGGUCUACACUUACUCUUGUCACCCUGGUGCAUUGAUUCCUUUCUUAGCUCGGGGCUGCUGAUUUCCCCCCACCCUUUUCCCCUGUGGGUUUUGCAGCUGCUUUUCCUGCAGGCCAUGACGUGGAGAAAUGCCUUUGGAUGCUGUGUUAAUUGUAACGGAGCGAUGCAGUUAAGACAGGCACACUGUGGAGAGUCCCUGCAGGGUUUCUGAGACAGGCUGUCUUUUCCCUGAUGCAAAACGAACUGUUCCAGGCCUCGUGCUUCGGUACGAGUUGCUGUUGGACCCCAUGUGCUCGAGUGCCGCAGGUGCCUGAGGAGGCAGAGGAAGCUGGCAUGAAACAGCCCCCCGGAGCUAGAGGAACCCUGGCCUGGCACUGACUGUGGCUGGACGGCAGCAGAUGCAGCGGGCUUCGCUCCAGCUGCCUGCAAAGCAGCUGAGCUGGGCAAAGCUGGUCCGGUCGCUGCGGGGAAGCUUGCCACUGGCAGGGCACAGGGACAAGGAGCAGUGGUUUUGCAUCAGAGAAGAGUCACUGAGCAGAUGGGAAUUUGCAAGAGAUGCAGUUUUAGGGGCUGGUGGGCAGCUAGUGGGCUCCUCAGCACUGCUUCAUGUUAGGGACAGUGCUUUGCACCCUGACUUCUACUCGGGGUGGGGCAGCAGCUGGUAUUUGCAUCCAGCUCUGCUAUCCCCAGUGGGCAGCAGGAAACCAGACAGAAAUCCAGGUCACGUAGGCUUAAAAUCCCAGUCGCCCUGUGCAGGCAGGCUGCGCCCCGCAGAAUGACAGGCUCAUCUCCAGAGAGUGCUUCUUGAACCAGGGUCCGGAGGCAUGCGGGGCUAUGGCCCCGAGCGGGAUGAUACCCCUUUGCUCAUCAGUAUCUUGCAUGCAACAGACUGUCUGAUCUUGCGGGUUAACAGGGUUAAUCCAUUUCCUACACUCUGUUUAAUAGAGCAAGUUUAGAAAGACAGUGCCCGGGGAACACUGCACUGUUUGCAUUUCCCUCUCUCUUGUACAGCAUGUUCAUUACCCAGGAGCUCUCGUGGCAGGGGCACUUGCCCCCUUUUGCUGUUCUGGGACUAAAUAAUGAUCUGAUUCUGGAUCCCAGGGACUGACACCAUGCCAGGCUCCGCAGCCAGCCAGACAGUGCAUCUGGGUUAGGGGCAGUAUCACCUCGGAGCUAGGCGGUGGAAAAGCAAUUCGUUUCUGUAAUGACCAGCUGAAAGCAUCAUACUGCUGUAUGUUAGCAGUUACUCUGACAGCUCUCUGACCCCCUGUUCUGCCCUCUGCAAAGACCCUUUUUCCAGGUUAGCACAUACUAUUUCAGGCAAGGUUUUCUAGACAUUUCUCUGUUCCUGGAGAGUAAUUCUGGUCUUGCCAAAUUGCUUGGCAAACUGUCAGCAGUUCGGAGAGUGCCUGGAUCUAGCGAUCUGAUGUGCCGGGGCAUCAGUCAGACGCUCCGGUUCUGCUUUAUGUCUUGUGAUAAAAACCUGAGAGCCCGUG